AGGAAGUAUCACUAUAUAUAUAUAUAGAGAGAGAGAGAGAGAGAGAGAUAAGUUGCUUUCCUGACAGUACUAAGCUUGAAGUUGAAUAUUUUUCUCUGAAGGAGUGGCUUCAUUUACAACGGAGGAUGCAAGUCCUUUUAUAGGACAAAGAACCGACUAUAGGCUGCACAUUACGUGCACUACAAACUAGUAAUAGUGUGUGAACAUGGACUUCUAAGUCCAGCCACACUGCUAUCCUAUCCUCUCCUUACAGGCUCAAUAAAUGCCUGCCAUCUUAUCCUGCCAAGUGCAGGUUAUCCUUGACCCUUGUGGUUGCUUGGAGAAGAGUUUCCCUGGAGACUGGGUUGAAAACAACAUCUCUUGCACUUGGAGGAGUAUUCUCAAAGGUCGCGGUCUUAUCAAAUAAGGCUUGGUAUGGCGUAUAGAUGGCCAAAACAUUAAUAUCUGGGAAGAUCCAUGGUACCAAGAGGGAUUACUAGAAGACCUAGUAGUACAGUUAGAGGCCAAAUUUUACUUCAGAAGGUCUGUGAUCUGAUCGACCCUAUUUCUGGACAGUGGGACCAAGAUCUUGUUCAACAAGUAUUCAAUGCUGAUGUUGUCCCUCAUAUUCUGAGUAUUCCAAAUAAGGAGGGAUUUGAUGAUCUUCCAGCUUGGCAUCUCGAUCCGAAAGGUCAAACAUCAACUUCCACUGUAGCAGUUCUGACAACAAGCACUGCAAAGGUUUGGACCAAGCUUUGGAGGUUGAAAAUGCCUAGGAAAAUCAUCAUGUUCCUUUGGAGAUUGAGUCACGACACCCUUCCUGUCCGGUUAAAUCUUAAAGCUCGUCGUGGAAUUGACCUGGAUACCAUUUGCCCGAUGUGCAAACGCCUCGACGAGGAUGGCGGCCAUGCCUUCCUCAAAUGUAAAUUUGCGAAGGCCGUUUGGCGUGAAGCUAACCAGGAGCAUGUAAGGGGAUUGCUGCUCAGUUGCGCUGAUGCAAAACAAUCAGUCGAAGUUCUGCUAUGCUUGGAGAAUGUGACAUCCAUGUUCUGCAUUUGUUUGAUGUGGAAUUUGUGGAAGCUAGAAAUGCUGUUAAUAAUGGUGAUAGGUGCCCUUCAGCAGCGGCGAUCGUAUCCUGUAGUGCUGUACAGGUUACAGAAUUUUCUGAACACCUUCGUAUACCUUCAUGUUCAGUUGUAGCGCCUACUGAGCGCUGGUCUAAGCCUCCUGAUGAUUUCCUAAAGAUGAACAUUGAUGGCUCGUUCCUAAAAGAUAACAGUACAGGAGGUUGGGGCUUUUGUGUAUCGGUGCUGGUAUGGGCCACAUCUUGUCUGAAGGCGAUUGAGUUUGCGGCUGAAGUUGGGUUUGGGCGUAUCAUCAUUGAAACAGACUCGACUGUGCUCGCUUGGGCUCUUCUUUCCAAUGAAUUGGAUACUGCUUGUAACGGAGUUUUCUUUCGGGAGGCAAAAUUUCUUCUUUUUACUAGCUUUAUCGAGUUUAAGGUGCUUGUGUGUAAGCAUGGCUGUAACUCAGUGGCGCAUGUCCUGGCUACCCCAUGGUGCCCAUAUGUCCCAGGGAGGUACCAUGUAUUGGCAUGAUACUGUUCCUGACGUUGUAUCUUCUCUGGUGGCUAGCGAUCUAGCUGCUUCUGUAUGUUAGUAAUAAAGCCAGGUUACUGUUUAAAAAAA